AUGUAUUUAUUUUUAAGUAACCUGUCCAUUUUGGAUAUUGGUUUUGUCAAUAUCACUUUCCCUAAAAUGUUGGAAGGUUUGCUGCCUGGUGGAAAGACCAUCUCAUUGUUGGCUUGCCUUGCACAGUCCUAUUUAUUCUUCUUAGAGGGAGUAAGCAAUUUCCUUCUCUUGGCUUUUAUGUCCUUUGACCGCUAUGUAGCUAUAUGA